AUGGCGGUCCGGCCGCCGCCGCGCAGCCGGUCCACUCCCCCGCGCCCUGGGCGCUCUCGGCAAAGCGCGCCGGCCUCGACACCCCCGGCCCAGCGCCCCCGGACGCGGGGCGGGCGGGGGCGGGGGGCGCUUACCGUGAGCGGAGCGGAUCGGCCUGACUGGGGCCCUGAGGAGGAGGAGAAAGAGGAGGAGGAAAAGGAGGAGCACGAAAAACUACACAGCGGCGACGGCGGCGGCUCCCAUUGCGGAGCAGCAGCUGAGCCGUGGGAAGGGGGGGUGGUUUUCGUGGAGCCGGCGCGCUGCCUCAUGGGUAGGCUCCGGGUCAGCCUCCGCGCGUCCGGGCUCCCUUUCUUCUCGCCGACGCGGGAGGCGAGCGCGGGCAUGUGCGUCGCGUCACAGGCCUUCGAAGGCCGCGGCGCCCCGCCACGCGCAGGCUGCUGGCGAGGGCUAGGGCCCGGGCCUGGCGAGGCUGUGGGUGGCCACCUGCUUCCAGGCCCGUCCGGGGCAGCGAUCCCGAAGUCGGGGCUGCACCUCAGCCGAAGGCGUGGGAACGAAAUCACCCAAAAGAAGAAUGAGAAAGAGAAAUGCAAGGACAGCAUCUUGAGGUGGACAGCUCUCCCAAGAUCAUGUAUCAAGAUCUUCAUCUCCAAUAUGAACUUUAUUCCUUUUGCCUUUUCACUACUUGCUUUUUCUCCAUUAAUGGACGGGAAGACAGUGCUCCUUAACUCUGGCAAGUAUCACUGA